AGCAUGGAGACGUGCACGCACCCGAUCACCUUGACGAACUCGACGGGGUUUCACGGUCGGUGAGAAGCGAGGAAAUAAUGAAAUUAUGAUUGCGAUCGGUGCGCCAACCCUGUUCCGUGGAUGGCCGCUUGCAGCGGCGGCAUGACACAGUGGCGUGGCACGAGUUCGGAUGAAUGAGGCGGAGACGGAACGGGGAACGGCGGUGUCUUGUGUUCGUGUCCCUGAACUUUGCGAACUCGGACGACCGAGUCCAUGAAAUUCGUUUCGGACCAAAUAUUUUAGGCCUCGUCGCCGGGCCCCAGGCCUCGGCGUGGGCCUGCAGUCGAAUUUCUUUCGAGGCGCCGUGUUUGGGCCUCGUCGCGACUAACUCAUGAACGGUAUCAUCGGACUGCAGAUUCCUCGGGUCACCAUGGAUCAGGAAUUGGACCAAGCUAAAGCCAUCGUGUUCGAAACCCUGAAAAGUGCUUCCAGUCAAAAUGUAGACGUGCUCAAGCCUGCCGAGGAGAAGCUGAAACAAUGGGAAGCCCAGCCCGGUUUCUACUCCGUUCUUGUGGAAAUCCUACUGAACCACAACCUUGAUGUGAACGUCAGAAUGCUAGCAGCACUAUACUUCAAGAAUGGUGUGGAUCGUUAUUGGAGACGCCAUGCGCCCAAUGGGAUUCCUGAAGAGGAAAAGGUGAAGAUUCGUCAAUGGCUGCUGAUGCGCUUUGAUGAACCUGUGAACCAGAUAGCACUCCAAAUGGCUGUGAUGAUUGGGCGAAUUGCUCGCUUUGAUUGCCCCCGUGAUUGGCCAACCCUUAUUCCGACAUUGAUGAAUGCUGUGAAAGUGGAUAAUGAUCUUCACCAACAUAGAGCAAUGCUCACACUGCAUCAUGUCAUCAAGACUCUUUCAGUGAAGCGACUUGCUGGAGAUAGGAAGCUGUUUCAAGAACUCACUGCCAAUCUUUACACAUUUGUGUUGAGUAUGUGGAGUGCUUCUGUUGAAGAACUCAUGAAUGCAGUUCAGGUUGGCAACCAACAGACUGCUGCUUACAUGGAGCGCUGUAUACUGAAUCUGAAGAUCCUAAAGAGCUUGACAACACAAGGGUUUCUGACUCCUCAUGAGUCUCCUGAUGCUAGAGAGGUGUUGAAAACAGAUGAGACUUUGAGAUCCUCCUGUGAGAAGUACAUCAUUGUACACCUGAAGAUUCUGGCUGAAAUUCUCAAGAACUAUCCACUCUCAUUUGUCCCCUUCAUUCAUCCUGCAUUGGAGUUUUGUUGCUUCUAUGCAUUUGACCCAGUUGGUCGAGUUUAUGCCUUUGAGAGAUUCCUUGUUCACUGCAUGAACCUGGUUAAGUCCAUCUUACUCUGUGCUGAGUAUGUUGCUUCAAAGAACUCAGCAGAUGAGAGGGAUCCAUUGGCAAUAGAAGCACAGACCAUUCGAUGCCAGUUCUUCACAUCUCAGACCCUGACAACAAUAUUUGUUGCGAUAAUGGAUGAAUACCUCCCCCUGAAGCAAGAAGACCUGGAGCUUUGGGAAACAGACCCAGAAGCUUUUGUGACAGACGAAGAAGGAGAAGCAUGGCGAUAUUCAUUAAGGCCUGCAGUGGAGAGUCUCCUGCUAGCUCUCUUCCAUGAAUUCAGAUCCUCCCUUCGUGAUCGUCUCCUGGAACUCCUGAAAGAUCACAAAGAGGUUCUUACCACAGAUGAAUUGAGCAUCAUCAUUAGGAGAGAUGCUAUCUACAAUGCAGCUGGGCUUGUUGCCUUUGAUCUCUUCGAUGAAGUUGACUUUGAUGAGUGGUUCAAGAAUACAUUGCACGUAGAGCUGAAGCUCACUGGCCCAGUCCACAGAAUUCUGAGGAGAAGAGUUAUCUGGCUCAUUGGGCAAUGGACUGUGGUGAGAUUCUCACCAGAAUUGAGGCCAAUGCUUUAUGACGCCAUCCUUCCGCUGCUGCGACCUGAUGAGGAUGUGGUUGUGCGAAUCACUGCAGCCACCACUCUAAAAUUGGCUGCAGAAGACUUUGAGGGUCCCCGGGACCACCAGAUGUCAGUGUUGCACAUCAUGUCAUACAUAAUAGAGAGGGUGGGAUCAGCAAUUCGCCCUUACAUUUCCGGACUGGUGCAGUACCUGCCAAUGGUGUGGGAAGACUCAGCAGAACACAAUAUGCUACGCUGUGCCAUCCUCACCACUCUUGUUCACAUUGUACAGAGCCUGGGGACAUUGAGCGAGCAGCUGCGCCCAUUCCUCAUCCCUGCACUGUAUCUUGCAACGGACCUGAGACAGAAUGCCCAUGUUUAUCUUAUGGAGGAUGGUCUUGAUCUUUGGCUGGCCGUCAUUGAGAAUUCCAGCAGCCCCUGUGAUGAACUACUCCAACUUUACACCAACCUUCUUCCCAUUCUUGAGGAUCCUCCUUUGACAGAAUUUGGGACUGAGAACAUGCGAAGCUGCCUGCAGAUCACCCAAGCUUACAUUCUUCUUUCUCCUGAGCCAUUCCUCAAGUUGUAUGGACAAGCAAUAGUGAGUGUGUGUACAUCACUGAUGAGUGACCUGAAGGCUGAAGGCAUCUUGUACAUCCUAAGGAUGGAGGAAAUUGCAUUCAUUGCUUUGCCUUACCAUGCACCUGGUCUCUUCAAACCCCUCUUACAUUUUAAUGUCAGCUCUGUGUAUGAGGGGGACGAGUACCCAAUGACACUCUCCCUUCAUCUUGCCAUCUUGAGUCGAACAUAUCUUCACUGCCCAGAACUUCUUGAAGAGGUGGUGGCUUCCUUUGCGAGAAAUGUGGAUGAAAGUACAGAUAUUGUAUGGGGACAGAUCCUGGAUCAUUGGCUGGCCAAGAUGCCCUUGGUCACUCAGCCUCAGCGACAGAAAGUCCUGGCCCUUGCCCUUGCUGCCUUCAUGUCUGCCAGGAACAGCAUUAUUCAAGAAAGGUUCUGUGGAAUCCUUUUGAAUAUCUGUGAAGUCCUCAAUGACAUCAUGAAAAGUGAUGACCUCAGUCAGCAGAUGGAUUCCCUGCUGAUAACAGAUGGAGGAUCUUUGUUUGAUGAUGAUGAGGAUUAUGAGACAGAGAACGAUUUUAGAAGGCGGCAACUGGCCCUCAUGGAUCCUGUUCACAACAUUGCCCUCAAGGAUUUCACUCAGUCUCAGUUACACAACCUGCGAGACAAGAUGAAUGGAGAGGAGUAUGCCAGCCUCCUUCAGAGUCUCGACUGUGAGACGACUCAGCAAGCCAGGGAGUACUUUUCCUUUUGAUUUCCUGUUUUGGGGUCCUUUUUUUGCUGUUCUUUUAUUGUACUUCUUGCAAUCAAGGC